AUGUCGACCGUGCUGCAUAUGCCUACCUUCAACACAGCUCCCCAUGGGCCUGCAUUUACGUCCGUCAAUGGACCGUCGUCUCUGAGCCCUACCACCGAACAAAAACCACCCAUUGUUGCCAAAUCCUCCACCUGGAGUCCGGCUUCGCGAGGCCCGGACACCAGCUACCAUUCACCAAGAAGUGACACCAGCCCCUCGACCAUCAGCAGCCGAGACAGGUCCCCUGAAAUCGUCAACAAGAGAAGGCGGUCGGCGUCUGAAGAAGACUGCGUCGCCCGCCGCAGCCCAGGCGAGGUGGCCGCCGCCUCGCGCCAACUCCCUCACCCCUACCAGUCCAUGGGCCGCGACACGCUCCCCAGCAUGGAUGCGCCCCAGCAGCCCAGUCUGCCGCCUUUGGGCCGCCCAGACGCUGAGCGACGUUGGCAAACCGAGCCUCGUGAACUGCCUCACUCCGCCCACCAGCACUUUGACCACCGGGAGCCCCGCCCUGUUGAGUCUGCCCGCACCACCAUGUCCUCAGACUCGCAUGCACACAUCGGCAGUAGUGCAGGCGAAGCUGAGCUGGAUGAAACAAGCACAACCGAAGUUACCCGCGCCGGCGUUCAGGUAGAACUAAAGAAGCGCAAGAGGCAAUUUGCCAACCGCACCAAAACUGGUUGUGGUACUUGCAGGAGGCGCAAGAAGAAGUGCGAUGAAGCCAAACCCGAGUGCAACAACUGCACUCGAGGCGGCUUCGUCUGCGAGGGCUAUGCCAACAAGAUUCCGUGGACCAAGAAUGGCCCUGCCAAAGCCCCGCCUGCCCUGCAAGCCAAGGAGAGGCUCUCUGCCAUACCAACCUGUCCCGGCUGCACUCGCCCUCAUAUACCACACUGCCCGCCACCCGCCAAUGAAGCUUCUUACCCACCACCAGACAUUCGUUCCGCAAGUGGGCCGGAUCGCAAACCUUGGAGUAGCUGGCCCGAGCCGACGCCGCCGCCGCCGCCCCCACCAGUUCGAGCGCCUUACCCGCCCGAGGCUCCACGACCAGCUCCUGUCCAGUAUUCGCAGCCUCCGACAAAUCAGCACGAGAGACACCUCAGCCAGGAGCAUCAAGUACCUCCGCCACCGCCACCGCCGCAGCAACCGCUCCAUCAGCAUAAUUCCCGUGUUUAUCACCAUGGCUCACACAGCAUGAGCCACAUCCCAACCAGCAGUCCUGCUCCGGCUCCGGCUCCAGCACCUGCACCUGUCAUGGCUUCCAAGGCAGUUGCACAGCAACCGCAGCAACAACAUCAUGUGGCACAUCCGCAUCUUCGCCCCCCUCCGCCACUGCCCACUACUAUACCCCCCGCGCGCUCGCCAGUGCGCUUCCCAUCAACUUCGUUCAUGUACAAGUCGGAAAAAGACAAGAUGCUCGCAGGGGAGCCCUUUCUCCCUUUUGACAGAAUCUUGAUUGAUGAACGCCAGCAAUGCAUGGGAGCCCAACAGAACUUCAACAACACUGCAUUUGCUUCGAAUCAGUUCUCAAAGCAGACUCGAGAGGGCCUUUUCAAGACGAUACUUGCAGCUAGAUGGAUCCCGCCCCGAAAGGACGCCAACGAUGUCAUUAGCCACUUGGGCAGUAAUGUUCACGUUGCUGCUCCGUUUACCUGCGACUACGGCUACCAUCUGAACAUUGCCGACGAUGUAGUCAUUGGUUCCGACUGCCACCUCCAUGAUUCUGCGAGGAUCUGCAUUGGGAGGAACACCAAGAUUGGAGUCCGAGUGACAAUACAGACACUCAAGACGCCAACCGACAACAAGUCGUUGAAGGGCAGCAACGGAACCGAGAUUGCCCAGGAGGUGCACAUUGGGGAAAAUGUCUACAUUGGCGACAACUGUGUGAUUGAGGCUGGUGUCAAGAUUGGUGAAAACACCAUUGUGCGCCCUGGCUCGGUCGUCUCUCACACAUUGCCGCCAAACUGCGUAGCUCAAGGGAACCCUGCCAACAUACUACCCAACUGAGCAUGAUUAGUAGAACAACAGCGCAAGGUUCUCGCCUGCUUGGCUGAGCACUCGCCUCGUACUGUAAAAACGCUGAACACUCAGCACAUCUUAUAUGGGACUUGUCUGUCACAUUACGCACCGCCAUGUGUUGCCUGGAGUUUGGGCGUUUCAUGACCCGGAGGAUACCCAUUGCUAAGCUUUUUUGCCUUUUGUUUCGGUCUAUGAGAGAUGUGGAGUGAAGAUAGUAUAUAGUUUGAUCAAUGGGCGGUAUCUGGCUUGUAUAGUCUGCUGUUGUAUCUUGGUACUACGCCUGCAGGACAUGGCAUUGCCCUCAGAAAAC